UAGACAAAGCGCAAUGGCAUCCUGCAGUGGUUCGCAGGAUGAAAGCCCCCCUCUUAGGGACAGAAUCCACGAAAAUAGAGGGGCUGCCAGGACACACAGUGACAUUUAUAAAAGGAAAUACGUGACAUUGAAGCGCAAGUGCGAAAGUAUCCAACUGGAUAAUGAGAAGUGCUUGAACAGACUCUAUUAUGUGAAGAAGGCAGUCAGGAAGAUGUCCAGAGAAAAGAGGUUUUUGAUGACAAAACUGAACAAGUAUGGAGACGACUUCAAGAAUGCAACUCUGCCAUUACCAAUUGAGGAUGAUUCCAUGCUCCAUCUGAUGAGCAUCAACAACCCCAUUGCCCCCAGCUUUCCAGCGUCUCGAGGGCUGGCCGGCCUGGUGUCCAAGUCCCAGCGCAAGUCCACUGUGGGGCGGCCGCGGGCCGGACGGCCUCGGCUAAUCUCCGAGAUGACGUCCCGCAACGACAACCUGCGACAGCCGUCGGGACGCGGGGGCAAGCGGAAGAGAAUGGCCACCCAGGGCAAGCUGGAGAAGGACAAAGAUCCCCUUGCACCCAAGAAGCCUGCCAAUGCCUUCAUGAUGUUCUGCCAGACAAUGAGACAAGAGGAGAUGUCAACCAAGGAGCAGGAUGGAGCGGGAAGCGACUUGAGCCACCAGGAGCUGACGCGGCAACUGGCCCAGAAAUGGAACUUCCUGGGUGCUGGCGAGAAGGAGACAUACUACAGCAUGUACGAGCGAGACAAGGACAGAUACCACCGGGAAAUGAAAGAGUACAUUAAGUCUAACAAUCCGGAGCCACUUCCCACAACAAAGCCCACACCACAGCCCCCAACAGACUCCGUCGCAAAGACAGAGCCAGUCUCCAGUGACCAGCCCAAUCCCACUAAGGCACCCUGCCCAGUCAAAAGCGAGCCCAAGCCGGAAACGAAGCAGCAGCCUCCGUCGACCAGCGCAUCAAGCACUCUCAAUGCCCCAUCGACAUGCAGCGUUACAAAGCCAGAAAUCUCCAUCCCUGUGAAACGAGAACCAAAAACUGACGGCUUGACUCUUGAAAGUAGGACUCCGAAAUUGAAGAGCAGUCUCCAUCCAAAAUCACCAGUUGAAGGAGAUGAUCCCUACCAUUUUGAUGACGACUAAAUUGAUGGAGUAUACAAACAUUGGUACUGCUUUUGAUUGCCUAAAGCCAACAUGAUUGAGGGUAUUUUUUGGUUAUGGAACCUGAGAUCUUUUUCUUCAUUUUCAAAUGUUCUGCAUCAUAGCACAUUCUGUGAUGUUGCUUAUUGAGCAAACCCUUUAAGGAAAAAACUAAUUAGAUGCUCACACAUUAACUGGAAAGAUGAACAAAGAAAUUGACCUGAGCAUUCA